AGCACUCAUCAGGAAGUAACCGGUUCAUUUUUUUUUUUUAACCAUAAACGGUCUUCAAUGAGCGACACACACUACACACUGAUCUUUAAGUGUCAUUAAGCGUAAAUAAAUCAACAUGGCGAAGAAGAGGAGCGGAGUCCGAGAGCCUGACGGCACUUCUCCUUUGAUAGAAGAGGAAUCAACAAGAAAAGAAACGCAGCCUGUUAAAGCAGCGCAGUAUACCGGAGGAGGAUCUGCACGCAUGUCCCUCCUCAUCCUGAUCUCCAUCUUUGCCUGUGCUGCUUCAGUCAUGUAUCUGGUUUACAGAAAUUUCCCGGAGCUGAGCGAAGAUGAGAGGGACAAGAUAAAAAUCCCCAAAGACAUGGACGACGCUAAGGCACUGGGUACCGUGCUCUCCAAAUAUAAGGACACCUAUUACACCCAAGUGCUUUUAGCUUAUUUUGCUACUUAUGUCUUUCUCCAGACAUUUGCCAUUCCAGGUUCAAUUUUCCUCAGUAUCCUCUCUGGUUAUCUGUAUCCCUUCCCCUUGGCCCUGUUCCUGGUUUGCCUGUGCUCAGGUUUGGGAGCGUCUUUCUGCUACAUGUUGUCUUAUUUAGUGGGCAGACCCGUGGUGUACAAGUACCUCACAGAGAAAGCACAGAAAUGGUCACAACAGGUCGAUAAGCACCGAGAACACCUCAUCAAUUACAUCAUCUUUCUGAGAAUUACGCCUUUCCUCCCAAACUGGUUUAUCAACAUCACGUCCCCAGUCAUCAAUGUUCCUCUGGGAGUCUUCUUCUUUGGUACAUUUAUCGGAGUUGCUCCUCCAUCUUUCGUAGCGAUAAACGCCGGAACGACACUCUACAAGCUGACCACAGCAGGCGAAGCCGUGUCCUGGUAUUCUUUGGCCGUGCUGGCUGUCCUGGCCGUCGUCUCUAUUCUCCCAGUGUGCUUCCAGAGAAAGCUGCAGGAAAAGAUGGAGUAAAGUGCCACCUCACUUCUUCUACCCGUCAUCGAGUUCACCCUGCUUCUCCUGGUCCUCAUACGCACAACUGUGCUUUUCUUUCACGAUGAGCCCAGAACUGUUGAACUCAGACUAGCUCGUGAUCAAAUGUUUGUUCUUUUUCUUUGUCACAGAAUGAACAUUUAUAUCUGUUUUCUUUUUGUUUUUCACCAACCUUGUGUCGGAAUUAACGCUCCUACAUGGAGUCAUUUAUUUUUAAAUUUUCUAACUUUCAAGCAAUACCUGAAGGUGAGGUGGUUUUAGCCCAUGUUGCAUCGGCAGCACAAACAGGGUGCUAUGUUGGAAGAAAUUUAAAUACAUCAUCCGUCACAUAUGUCGUGCGCAUAUUAUAUUUUAUUAUAUUAUAUGAUGCAGUACAUGGAGGAUAUUACACAGUUGCACGAAGAUAUGAAGUUUAUCUUCGAGCCGUGAACAUAUUUUCAACAUGAGAAGAUAAACUUCAUGGACGCAUCUACCCAAAAAAAUACGCAAGUUAAUUAAAAAAAUUGUUUUUGAAUUUUAUUUAAAAAUGUAAUUUUGAAUCGGUUCCCGCACAUCUAGUCAGCGGGAAAAUACUGGAAGUGACAUCAUUGGAGUGAAAUAUCGGGGGGAAAUAUGUCAGUCAGAUCCAUGAUGUGUUUUGUUUGAAAAAUGCGAGUUUUUCGACACGAGAAGAUAAACUUCAGAUCUUCAAGCCGACAUGUGAUUUUCUUUUUAUUAUACAGACACAUUCACAAACAUAAAGUACCCAAAUUUAUCAAGACAAUUCAUCGAUUUCGAUGAGCGAGAAUAUUUGACGGCUAUUCCACAAAAUCGAAUUGUACCCGAGCUGAUAGCCGAUGAAGCGAGUUAGCUAUAAGCCAUGUACGAUGAGAUUGAGUGGAAUAACUAUUUUAUUCUAUCCACAUUCACUGGAUUUUGAGAAAGAGAGCCUCCUUUUUUUUUUUUUUUGUUGCAAAUUCGAUAAAUAGAAGCUUUAUCUGAAAUGUCCGACAAAAUAAUUUCCGCUUAGAAUGUAAACAAACCGGCGCAAUGACAGUAGUGAUUUGUGAAAAAUGCUAUAAUUCUUGAGAAAUUAAAAAAAAAAGAUACGUUCUUACCAUCAAAUACUUUUAUUCCAUAUUUUGUUGGGCUUUUUUGUAUUUAUUUAUCUCAUCUCGUUAUCUGUAGCCGCUUUAUCCUGUUCUACAGGGUCGUAGGCAAGCUGGAGCCUAUCCCAGCUGACUAUGGGCGAAAGGCGGGGUACACCCUGGACAAGUCGCCAGGUCAUCACAGGGCUGACACAUAGACACAGACAACCAUUCACACUCACAUUCACAC